UGCCUCUCCUCCCACCAGAAUUUGGAAUUCUCGAUUUACUCUUUCUGUGUGCAUAUAUGAUCUACUCCCUCCUUUGACUUGCGAACACUUUUCUUGCUAGACAUAAGCCUCGUUCAUUCAAAUCAGUCAAACUGUUUUCUUCAGCUUUUCGCCGUCGCGCAGCUAACUUCCCCCUCCACUCCUCCAUCAGUCUUUCUGUCGCAGCAAGCUCGAUCCUCCUGCAGAGACCCCAGUCGCCAGCGAUAGCUCGAUCAUUCUCCUCCUCCCUCGGCGCCAUGGCGCCACCUCACACAAAAGUGGCCAUCAUCGGCUCUGGGCCCGCCGCCCACACGGCCGCCAUCUACCUUUCCCGAGCAGAAUUAAAGCCGGUCAUGUACGAGGGCAUGCUGGCUGGAGGCACCGCGGCGGGCGGCCAGCUGACGACUACGACGGACGUUGAGAAUUACCCGGGUUUCUCCAAGGGCAUCGGGGGCUCUGAGCUCAUGGACGAAAUGAAGGCGCAGAGCGAGCGCUUCGGGACCGAGAUCAUUACCGAGACAAUCACCAAAGUUGAUCUGAAACAAAAACCCUUCCGGCUAUGGCGUGAAUACGAGGACGGCGAGACCGACGAGCCUGCACAUACCGCCGAUGCGGUCAUCAUUGCUACAGGCGCCAACGCGAGAAGAUUAAAUCUGGCGGGAGAAGAAACGUACUGGCAGAACGGCAUUUCCGCGUGUGCAGUUUGUGACGGUGCGGUGCCUAUAUUCAGGAACAAACCUCUAGUGGUCAUUGGCGGCGGAGACUCGGCGGCAGAGGAGGCCAUGUUCCUGACAAAAUACGGCUCACAUGUUACUGUGCUGGUUCGAAGGGACAAGCUGAGGGCGUCCAAGACCAUGGCCAAGCGGCUCCUCGCCAACCCCAAGGUGACGGUCAAGUUCAACCAUGUCGCGGUCGAAGUACAGGGCGAGAACAAACCCCGAGGCCUGAUGACACACCUGAAGAUCAAAAACGUGAAGACUGGCGCGGAGGAAGUGAUGGAUGCGAAUGGACUAUUCUACGCUGUUGGCCAUGAUCCCGCAACAGCUAUCUUCAAGGGCCAGGUCCACACAGAUGAAGAUGGAUAUAUUGUGACAGAGCCGGGCACAAGUUACACGAGCGUCCCGGGUGUAUUCGCUGCUGGCGAUGUUCAGGACAAGAGAUACCGACAAGCCAUCACCAGCGCUGGUAGUGGAUGCAUAGCAGCGCUUGAGGCCGAGAAGUAUCUGGCGGACCUCGAGGAUGACGAGCUUAGCAUCGAGAAAGAGAACCAGGCCAAAAAGCCAGAGACCAACGGGGAGACGGCUCCAGAAUACCGGUCGAACCCAUUGUUGUGAUCUCCUAGACAUAGACAAUAUACAAUCGGGAGCAUCUGCAAACUCCAUACAUGCAUUGAUCUCUGCCCCUUGGCUGUAUGUGAAUACAAG